UUGUCAUCAGGAUGGAAGAAUUGGGGAUAGACAAAGACGGCGGCUCCGUGUGCUUUGGGCAGCUGCUGGGAAUGUGUGAUCACGUCUCCCUCACACUUGCUAAGGAGGGUUACACUGUGUACAAGUCAGUGCCUUACGGCUCGGUGGACGACACGGUGCCCUAUCUGGUGCGCCGGGCUCAGGAGAACCGCACUGUAUUGCAGGGGAUCCGCAAAGAGAGAGACCUCCUGAAGCAGGAGUUUCGCCAGCGAAUAAAGCGGAAGCUGAGAGGAGGCAGCUAACAAGCUUCCAACUCAGAAGAAAUCAAAUCUGCCUGAGCACCAUUACUCCUUCAGAUUUACAGGUUUAAACCACAGUCACACAAGAACUCUGCAGGUGGUGCCAAGGGCCAAACGUACCAAACGCAUACAUGUUUCUGGAUCUCGGGCUGAAAGUUCAGCUCAUAUAGAAGUCAAAUAUUU